UACUAGAUGGGCUCAAUCUAAAGAUCUAUUCCACUAUGAGAAAAACAUUGUCAUCCUUCCUAUUUUUAAUAAUCUUUCUUUCAAUGUCAAAAGCGGAACUAAAUAAGCCGUAUUACCAGCGACAAUUUAGAUUAAAAUCAUUUGGGUCACUAACGAGUGCUUACAAACCUUUGCUUUCCGGUGACGGAGGUAGUUUUCCUGCUGCUUUGAGGGAAUGCACUGAGUUUUGCCGGGGAGAUAGACGGUGUAUUGGAAUGGAGGUUUGUCGAAUCAGGGAGGACCUGUAUAGAUGUCGGGCGUGUUGUGAAUGGAUGAAAAUAGGAGAGAAAGCAGGACUUACAAACAACAUGACCACCUGUAGAUAUUUCGAAAUGGAAGAAGAGGAGACCAUAAACAUUGCGGUAUCAAAGCCUACUAUUUUGAGUACAAUAUUCUACCCCACUCAGAAAGCUUCUAACGCUGUGGACAACGUCAUCAAUUGUACCUCAGGUCUUUUAACUGCGCAUUCUCAAGAAGAAUUCGAACCGUGGCUUAGGAUAGACCUACAAGCCAAAUAUGACGUUAUAAAGGUUACUAUAUUCAACAGACAGGAUUCUUAUGGGUUUAGACUGCAUGAUCUUCAGGUUAACGUUGGAGACAAUGAACAGGAAAACUCGUGUGGAUUCUUCAAAGGACCAGCAAGUGAGGGGGAUCAGAUAGUGGUAUAUUGUGCUUCCGGUUCUCUGGGUACAUACGUUCUGCUGAAAAUCCUCAGUCAACCAGGAGAGAUGGAUAUUUUCCACGUUUGUGAGGUCCAGGUCAUCGGCGACUUCAAACAAUGAAAUGUUUAAGUCCAUGUGGUUAUAUACAUGUUAUGGCACUUUCUAAAAACAAAGCACGUGUUGAUUUCGAUGAAUAAUUUUAUGUGUAUUAUAUUAAAGAUAGUUAGCGAAAAAAGGAAAACAUGAGUAUUGAUUUAAUUGUACAUUUUGAAGUACAAAUGCACAAGCUUUUUUUUUUGUUUAAACAUGUAUUUAUUAUUAAUUAUUUCUACAGAAUUUGCUAUUGCUCUUGAAACAUAUCUAUCAGCUUUUUUUAACUUUUGUUUUGUAUAUUGAUAUGGUCACUGUCGUAAUAAAGGCAAAUUGUUGAAUAAUUCUAUAUGAAAGUUUUUAUUAAACUAAAUUUUUAACAAGACAAACUUUGAAAGAAUAUCGCUUCGGGAUUUUUUUAUAACUUCGCUCCAAAGGAGAGGGAGGUAUACUGUUUUAUCCUUGUUUGUUUGUCCUUCUGUCUGUUUGUCUGUUCUUAGCAAAUAUUUCUGUUGCAUUUUUCUCAGCAACUAUAAAUUGUAGAUGCUUGAAUUUUUAAUACACUUUUUGUUUAGGCAUGCCAUAUCGUGGAUUUUUUUUCUCUAAUUUUACGUCAACUUUCUGUUAUAUGACUUUAUUUAUUUUAAGCCUAAAUUUUCAAACAAAUUAUCGUCUAAAAUUUUGCUGCAACUAUUAAUUACAGAUUCUUGAAAUUUUAACAUACUUUUUGUUUAGGUAUGCUGUAUUGUGGUACAUAUUUUUGGUAUAUUUUUUCACCAAUUGGAUGUUAACUUCCUGAUAAAUGACGCCUUUUAAACCUUAAUUUCAAACAAAUUUUCGUCAAAGAUUUCUCGGCAACUGCAGAUGCUUUAAAUUUUAGCACACUAUUUAUCAAAACAAGCCCUAUAGUUGGAUAUAUUUUUGUACCGUAAACUUCCUGUUAAAUGACGACUUUGGUUUUUUUUAAAGCCUAAAUUUUGUUUUUUAGCCUUAAUUUUCAAACAAAUUAUCGUCUAAGAUUUUGCUGCUACUAUUUAUUGCAGAUGUUUGAAAUUUUAACAUACAUAUUGUGGGAUCUAUUUUGUACAUAUUAGAUUCCAACUUCCUGUUAAAUAUCGACUUUGCUUAGUUCGCAUAUUCACAUCAGAGCGGUGGUAUUACUAGUGAGCAUUGGCUCACAGAUAUCUUGUUUAUACUGGUGAGGAAAUGGCCUUUGUGUCCUGAAGAAUUUAUAUGACGGCAUUGAAUAAUUUAUGAAAAUAUGCUGCAUUAUUAUCUACGAAGUUGACACACAUUCUGCUGGGUUGUUUCUCUUUAAUUUUUAGUCAGGUAAAAGUUUUUGUGAACUCUUUAAACAUGCUUUUAUGCUUGAUUUUGUGAAACAAAUCUUUUUUCCCGAGUUAAUCAUGUUAUUAUUUUUUAGUAUUUGAAAGGUUAAUAGUUUAUUGAUACACUCGGGUGGCUAUAAAGGUCUUUCGUUAAAG